AUGCAUAAUAAUGUCAACCAAUUCCACCACCAUCAAAGGCAUCAUCAGGAUCACCCCCAGUACAAUUUCCAACAUAAUUGUGUGAAGCGUCACCCACCAUCACCCUUAAAUAACCACACUCACCAUCCAGGCCGAAGGAAAAGUGACAACAAGGCGAGCACCUAUGGGAUUAAUUACUUGCUUUCGAACUGGACUAAUGACAACCAUGUUAGCUCGGGGACUGGAACUCCUUGGAAGACGAGGAAAUACAGCCCCGGUGUUGAUGGUCUCCAUGAGGAGGUGGUAGACUUCUACAACUUCAUGUCUCCCCAACCCGAGGAGGCUGCUAUGAGGAAGGAGGUGGUCAACAGAAUCGAGACGGUCAUCAAGGAGCUGUGGCCUACUGCUGACGUGCAGAUAUUUGGCAGCUUCAGCACUGGACUCUACCUACCCACAAGUGACAUAGACCUGGUGGUGUUUGGGAAGUGGGAACGCCCCCCUCUGCAGCAAUUGGAACAGGCCCUCCGGAAACACAACGUGGCGGAACCUUUCUCCAUCAAAGUGCUGGACAAAGCUACAGUGCCAAUCAUCAAGCUGACUGACCAGGAGACAGACGUCAAAGUGGACAUCAGCUUCAAUGUGGAGACGGGAGUCAAAGCUGCUCUCUUCAUCAAGGACUACACAAAGAGGUAUCCCGUGCUGCCUUACCUGAUCUUUGUGCUGAAGCAAUUUCUGCUCCAGAGAGAUCUCAACGAGGUGUUCACUGGAGGAAUCAGCUCCUACAGCCUCAUCCUGAUGGUCAUUAGCUUCCUCCAGCUCCACCCAAGAAUUGACGCCAGUAGCCCCAACAUCAACCUUGGCAUCCUGCUGAUUGAGUUCUUUGAGCUCUACGGCCGCCAUUUUAAUUACCUGAAGACGGGCAUCCGUGUCAAGAACGGAGGGGCCUACAUGGCCAAGGAGGACAUGACGAAGGUUAUGACCAACGGCUACAGACCCUCCAUGCUCUGUAUAGAGGACCCACUGAUGCCAGGUAACGACGUUGGCAGGAGUUCGUACGGAGCCAUGCAAGUCAAGCAGGUGUUUGACUACGCUUACAUCGUCCUUGGUCACGCCGUGUCACCACUAGCACGCUCCUACCCCAACAAGGACAUCGACAGCACUUUGGGGAGGAUAAUCAAGGUGACCCAGGAAGUGAUUGACUACAGGGAGUGGAUCAUGACGAAGUGGGGAGGAAGGCACCUCGCCCGCAUGGAGAGCCAUGGUUCUGUCCUGGAGCAGGACCCAGCACGGUGUGUGUUGGGUGUAGGUGUGGAGGAACAGAGGGACUCAGUCUCCCCUCACAGUGCAGACUCCCCCAUGUCCCUGUCCAGUCCUCACCAACACUCCUCAGCCUCCUCGGUCUCCUCUCUGUCCGGGUCAGACAAUGACUCUGAUUCGACGCCAUGCCCUGGCCGCCCUCCGGCGCUGCCCCCCUACACCCUCCAGUCUCUGGGUAUGACUCUACCCCUGGGCCUGGCACUGGGCAAGACUGGCAUCAACCAGCAGCACCUCAUCAUGUCCCCUGGCUCACAGGCGUGUAUGUCUUUGCCCAGUGGCCUGACGAUGCACUCCUUACCUGUCAGACAGAAUGGUCCUAAGUUUCACGUGAAAGGCUUCCACAAUCCAGCUGUGGUCCACAGUCCCGCCCUGGCCAACCGUGCCCACACGCACCCUCUCACACACGCCCACACACACUCACACACGCAGUACCGCAACACCUGGCGCCGUCGGAAGAGGGACAGCCUGCCAGUAAGCCUGAGCAGAUAAAGGAUAAAACAUUCCCCGUUUCCUCUCCUCCCUUCAUCCCUCUCUCAUUCUGACUGAUUGGGAAGACAACUUCAUGAGACAAUGCUCCCUGCUGUUCAACUUGGAGGACAGGCAGGCAGAGGCACCAGACCAGCAUUGGGAUUCAUUCAACACUUUGGGCUGCUGAACUUUGGCCCCGAGGAGGGAAAGAAGUGUAGCUCUGGGAAAACUCUUUCUCCAUCACUCAUCCUCUCCCCAUUUGUGCAUGUUUUUUACUGCGCAAUGAACCAACGGCCAACGAUACGGGAACGAGCAGUGCGGCUAGCAAACAGAACGCAGCGCAACCCAACGUGCAUUCUGACCCCAGAACUUUUCCGCAGCUCUCCAGUCUUUCGCUUCCUGUUUGGGAUCCACCUUUUUGUUUUGUUUUCAUUAAUGUUUAUUGUUCACAUUAAUAUUUUUUAAAAUUGCGCUUUGCCCUUUUUCACAUACGUUCAAGGAGCCUGAGGAUAGUGACAUCUUUGCCAGGUGGAAGUAGCAAAAGACCAGUGUCGUAUUGUAAAUUGAGUUUAUUUUAGUUUUUUUGACUGGGCUGCGUUGUGAAGGCCUUUGUCCUUGAACCCUGUAGCCAAGCUGUAUCUUAUUUCAGUGUUCACACAAUGGACGGUUUCUAAUUUGUGCAAUAAUGUGUUCAAUUUUUGUAUUUUUAUCUUAUCAAUCUUUAUUUAAUUGUAUUAUUUGUGUAUGUAAAGGUAUUUUGGUGUCACGUUUUUUAAGAUUGUAGUUUUUCUUUUUUUUGCAAAGAGUUUACAGAACCUUUCCCCAGAUGGCCUCCGGUCUGGAGAGUGUGUGACGGAGUGUGUGUCUGUGUCAAGAGUGUGUCAAUUGGUGAGUUGUGUGUAUCUUGUUGGUGUCAAAGUAUAGUUGAAACCCCCCAUGGGUGUUUUAGAAUGUGUGAAAAGGAAGAAUCAGAAGGAGCUAAGUGUCUUCAGACUACUGCAAUGCAACCUCUAUUGUUGACAGGUUAAACGUCUGUAAUCUCACAUUGUCUCACUAGAUGGAGCUCUUACUAUAGCAGAGUCACAGUGCACUGACUGACUGAGCUCUUACUAUAGCAGAGUCACAGCGGACUGACUGACUGACUGAGCUCUUACUAUAGCAGAGUCACAGUGCACUGACUGACUGAGCUCUUACUAUAGCAGAGUCACAGUGCACUGACUGACUGACUGAGCUCUUACUAUAGCAGAGUCACAGUGCACUGACUGACUGACUGAGCUCUUGCUAUAGCAGAGUCACAGUGCACUGACUGACUGACUGAGCUCUUACUAUAGCAGAGUCACAGUGGACUGACUAACUGAGCUCUUACUAUAGCAGAGUCACAGCGGACUGACUGACUGAGCUCUUACUAUAGCAGAGUCACAGUGGACUGACUGACUGAGCUCUUACUAUAGCAGAGUCACAGCGGACUGACUGACUGAGCUCUUACUAUAGCAGAGUCACAGCGGACUGACUGACUGACUG